UUUCCGGCCCCGCGCCCCCUCCGGGUGUAGCGGGUUCCCCGGCGCGCGGGGAUCGGAGCGCCCCGAGCCUGACCGGCCCCCGAGGAGCGAGCGAGCGUCCUGCGCGCCCAGCGGCAGGGUCGCCGGACAGACCCAUCUGUGGGUUCUUCUACCUGUGCUCAGCCAUGGCCAGUGAGAACUCCCCUCUGCUGGCCUACCGGCUCCUGGGGGAAGAGGGGGCUGCCUUCCCUGCCCGGAAGCUCUCCACCUUCCUAGGUGUGGUGGUGCCCACUGUCCUGUCCAUGUUCAGUAUUGUCGUCUUCUUGAGGAUUGGGUUCGUGGUGGGCCACGCUGGGCUGCUGCAGGCCUUGGCCAUGCUUCUGGUUGCAUACUUCAUCCUGGCCCUCACCGUCCUCUCUGUCUGUGCCAUCGCCACCAAUGGAGCUGUGCGAGGGGGCGGAGCAUAUUUCAUGAUCAGCCGGACACUGGGGCCUGAGGUCGGGGGCAGCAUUGGCCUCAUGUUUUACCUGGCGAAUGUGUGCGGCUGUGCGGUCUCCCUGCUGGGGCUGGUGGAGUCUGUGCUGGAUGUCUUUGGUGCUGAUGCCACAAAGUCGAGUGGACUGCAAGUCCUCCCCCAGGGUUACGGCUGGAACCUGCUGUACGGGUCCCUGCUGCUGGGCCUUGUGGGUGGGGUGUGCACCCUGGGAGCUGGCCUCUAUGCCCGCGCUUCCUUCCUUACAUUUCUGCUCGUGUCUGGCUCCCUGGCCUCUGUCCUGGUGAGCUUUGUGGCAGUGGGGCCCAAGAGCAUCCCUAUAACUCCUCGGCAUGGCACCAAUGGCUCUUCUCUGCCACCUCGGUUUGGUCACUUCACGGGUUUCAACAGCAGCACCCUAAAGGAUAAUUUAGGAGCCAGCUACGCCCAGGACUACACUACAGGCACCAUGAUGACCUUCGCCAGUGUGUUUGCAGUUCUCUUUAAUGGCUGCACAGGCAUUAUGGCAGGGGCCAACAUGUCAGGGGAACUGAAGGACCCCAGUCGGGCGAUACCUCUAGGCACCAUUAUCGCAGUGGUUUACACCUUCUUCAUCUACAUCCUGCUUUUCUUCCUCUCCAGCUUCACCUGUGACAGAACCCUGCUUCAGGAGGACUACGGCUUCUUCCGUGCCAUUAGCCUGUGGCCACCGCUGGUGCUGAUUGGCAUUUAUGCCACGGCAAUCUCGGCUUCCAUGAGCUCCCUCAUCGGUGCCUCCCGCAUCCUGCAAGCUCUGGCCCAGGAUGACCUCUUCGGUGUGAUCCUGGCCCCGGCCAAGCUGGUGUCGAGAGGUGGCAAUCCCUGGGGAGCGGUGCUAUAUUCUUGGGGCCUCGUCCAGCUGGUACUCCUGGCAGGGAAGCUGAACACACUGGCAGCUGUGGUCACAGUUUUUUACUUGGUAGCCUACGCUGCGGUAGACCUGUCCUGUCUGAGUCUGGAGUGGGCGUCGGCCCCCAACUUCCGCCCCACCUUCACCCUGUUCUCCUGGCACUCCUGCCUGUCGGGCGUGGCAUCCUGUCUGCUAAUGAUGUUUCUCAUCAGCCCUGGCGCCGCCGGCGGCUCCUUGCUUCUCAUGGGUCUGCUCUCAGCCCUGCUUACAGCGCGAGGAGGUCCCAGCAGCUGGGGCUACGUCAGCCAGGCUUUGCUUUUCCACCAGGUGCGCAAGUAUCUGCUCAGGCUGGAUGUCCGAAAGGAACACGUGAAGUUCUGGCGUCCCCAGCUGCUGCUCCUGGUGGGGAACCCCCGGGGCGCCUUGCCUCUACUGCGAUUGGCCAACCAGCUCAAGAAAGGGGGGCUCUAUGUGCUAGGCCACGUCACCCUAGGAGAUCUUGACUCCCUGCCCUCCGACCCUGUGCAGCCACAGUACGGGGCUUGGCUGAGCCUGGUGGACCGGGCCCAAGUGAAGGCCUUUGUGGAUCUUACCCUCUCACCCUCUGUGCGCCAGGGGGCGCAGCAUCUGUUGAGGAUCUCGGGUCUUGGUGGCAUGAAACCCAACACCUUGGUCCUGGGGUUUUAUGAUGAUUCUCCUCCCCAGGACCAUUUCCUGACAGACCCGGCUUUCUCUGAACCUGAAGAUGGCACCUGGGAGGGAGGGUCCCCAUCCCUGAGCACGUUGUUCCCUCCCCCGCGGGCUCCGGGGAGCCCCCGGGCACUUAGUCCCCAGGACUACGUGGCCACUGUGGCAGACGCCCUGAAGAUGAAUAAGAAUGUGGUUCUGGCUCGGGCCUGUGGGGCUUUGCCCCCCGAGAGGCUGAGUCGGGGGUCUGGGAACCCAUCUCAGAUACAUCACGUAGAUGUGUGGCCCCUCAACCUGCUGCGGCCCCGAGGGGGGCCUGGCUAUGUGGAUGUCUGUGGCCUCUUUCUGCUCCAGAUGGCUACCAUUUUGGGCAUGGUGCCCGCCUGGCACAGUGCCCGCCUUCGGAUCUUCCUGUGCCUUGGGCCCGAGGAGGCUCCUGGGGCGGCCGAGGGGCGUCUCAGGGCUUUGCUGAGCCAGCUGCGGAUUCGAGCUGAGGUGCGGGAGGUGGUGUGGGGUGAGGGGACCCCAGGCAGGGAGCAGGAGGAAGAAGUGGAAGGGGACUUUGUGAACGGUGGGCAAGGAGAUGCCGAGGCAGAGUCUCUGGCCGCCAGUGCCAACGCCUUGGUGCGGGCCCAGCAGGGACAAGGCAAUGGAGGGGGGCCUGGGGGCCCUGAGGGCGGGGAGGGCAAGGAAGGGCCCACCACUGCCCUCACCUUCCUGUACCUGCCCCGGCCACCUGCCGAUCCUUCCCGGUAUACCCGAUACUUGGCACUGCUGGAGACACUGAGCCGAGACCUGGGGCCCACGCUGCUUGCCCACGGUGUCACCCCGGUCACCUGCACCGACCUCUGAUGCUUAGGGUCAGGUGGAGAAGGUCCAGCUUCAUACUAACGAAGCCCCGGCCUGUGCAGGGCCUGCCCUUGGGGGUUGCAGAAUCUGGCAUUUUCAGGGGGGACAUCCUGGGACCUCAUGCACUAAUGCUGAGCUGGACCCCCUGGCACAGGAGUGGGGGUGUCUGCAGCCCUCCCCCUGAUGCCCGGCCUUUCCCUUCACUGGUGCCUUGACCGGAGGAGCUGGCCUCCUGUGACUCUAGGCUACCUCAGCGUCCACAUCCUGGCCACAAACUCUCCGGGCCCCCCCUUGGAUGGUGGUGAUUUUGUUUUGUUUUCUUUUUUUUUUUUCUAACUGCUGAUCAUAAAUAAAAGACUUAGACACUAA